AGGUAACACUAAUCUUGACCGGCAAACGGUAAAUAAAAUAGCUGAUCUUUUUUAUAUUGUUCAGUAGACAGACCGGCUGCAGUUCUGCUUUUGGGUGUGUUCUGGAAUUUGAGUGUGCUCAAACAUUAAUCGGUCUUAUCUAUUCUCACGUGUUGUUAUCGAGUGAAAAUGGCGCUUUUCGGUGCAACAGCAACACUGUUACGAGGCUGCUGCCGCCAGCAACGACCGCUCGCCAUCUUGGCAAAAAAAUCGAAUUUUCUACAAACCGGAAUCGAAGUUGGGCAGCUUCAUUUUGAAUUUCAGUCUCAAAUAGGAUUUCUUGGUGUUCGUUUCGUAAGUAAUAGCAGUAAAAGCAAUAAGGGCAAAAUGGGUCUUCCCCGUGUAUUUUUUGAUAUGGCUGCUGACGGACAGCCGCUUGGACGCAUCGUUAUGGAGCUACGCACAGAUGUUGUGCCCAAAACUGCCGAGAAUUUUCGUGCCUUGUGCACAGGUGAAAAAGGUUUCGGCUAUAAAGGAUCGUGCUUUCAUCGAGUCAUACCGAAUUUCAUGUGCCAAGGCGGUGACUUCACACAACACAAUGGCACUGGCGGAAAAUCUAUCUUCGGCAAUAAGUUUGAUGAUGAGAAUUUUACUUUAAAACAUACAGGACCCGGCAUUCUAUCCAUGGCAAAUGCUGGACCAAAUACCAAUGGGUCGCAGUUUUUUGUGUGUACCGUGAAAACUACGUGGUUGGACAAUCGCCAUGUCGUUUUUGGACAAGUGGUGGAGGGAAUGGAUGUUGUAAAACGUAUUGAAGCACUUGGUAGUCAAUCGGGCAAAACGUCUAAGAAAAUUCUUAUCGAAGAUUCAGGACAAUUAGAAUAAAACAAUUUAUAUAAGUACACAUACACAUUUCGAAUAAUUUUUGUGAAUUAUAUGAAUAUGUAUUAAAUUAAAUUAAAUUAGAUUGUCUUAUUUAUUUGUCUGAAAGAUUGUUAUGGAAAAAUUUUGUGUGUAAUUUAAGGAAACACUUUGUAUGCAAAUUUGCCAUUUGGAAAUAUGUGUGUAUAUGUUUUAAGUGUUUACAAUUUUUUUCUUGCCUUUCUUUGUGAUUGUUGUGAUUUUGUUGUUGAAUAUAUGAGUGCUGGUUGCAAAAUGGAAAUCUGCUAAGUUUGACGUGUGAUGGUGUGUCGUCUAACCCGUAAAUAAGCUAAAAAUUUAAGUGAAAUCCUAACAUAGAAAUUGCUAAUCAUUAUAAAUAAACUUGUAAUAUGUUACAGCUCCGUCCCGAUGUUGUGCCCAAAACUGCUGAGAAUUUCCGUGCCUUGUGCACCGGCGAAAAAGGCUUCGGUUAUAAAGGCUCCUGUUUCCACCGUGUGAUCCCCAACUUCAUGUGUCAAGGUGGUGAUUUCACAAAUCACAAUGGCACUGGUGGCAAAUCGAUUUACGGCGCUAAGUUUGCUGAUGAGAACUUCUCCUUGAAGCACACCGAACCCGGUAUUUUGUCAAUGGCUAAUGCUGGACCCAACACCAACGGCUCGCAGUUCUUUAUUUGUACUGUGAAGACAGCUUGGUUGGACAACAAGCAUGUGGUUUUCGGCAAGGUUGUCGAAGGCAUGGAUGUAGUUAAAGCUAUUGAGGGUUUGGGUUCACAAUCUGGCAAGACCAGCAAGAAGAUUGUCGUCGCUGAGUCUGGAGCGCUUUAAGCAGCGUUUUAAAUUAACACACACCUAAUAUAUAUAUAUAUAUAAAAGCUAAAAGAAAUAGCUAAGUAUAAUGUAAUAUUCAAGCAGCAUUGUCGCAUUUAAAUUGAUCAGUACUUCAACUUUCUAGUAAAGUGUUUGGAAACAUGAGUUUAAUAAUGAUUCCCCUGCAGUUUAUUUUUUCUAUCAUGAGCGAAUAAAAAUUCAAUUUGGAACUCUAUUAGAAUAAUCACAA